GGAGGCGCGAGCCGAGAAAGCUUGCUGCCACUCGCGCGGCGGCGUGUCCACAUGGCGAUGUGGCGCGGCUCUGCGUGCGCCGGCUUCCUGGCGCUGGCCGUGGGCUGCGUGUUCCUGCUGGAGCCGGAGCUGCCGGGCUCUGCGCUGCGCUCGUUCUGGAGCUCGCUGCGGCUGGGGCCCGCGCCCGUCUUCCCGGGACCCGUGUCCCCCGAGGGCCGGCUGGUGGCCGCCUGGGACGCCCUCAUCGUGCAGCCUGCCCGGCGCUGGCGCCGCGUGGCCGUGGGAGUCAAUGCCUGUGUGGAUGUGGUGAUCUCUGGCGUGAAGCUCCUGCAGGCACUUGGCCUCAGUCCUGGGAGUGGAAGAGAUCAUGCUGUUCUACACUCGAAAAGUGAUCUGGAAGAAGCCUUCGUCCACUUCAUGGGGAAGGGAGCCGCUGCUGAGCGCUUCUUCAGUGAUAAGAAGACCUUCCAUGACAUCGCCCAGGCUGCAUCUGAGUUCCCAGAAGCCCAGCACUAUGUAGGAGGAAAUGCAGCUUUGAUUGGACAGAGGUUUGCCGCCAGCGCAGACUUAAAGGUUCUUCUUUGUGGUCCAAUUGGUCCAAAGCUGCAUGAACUUCUUGAUGACAAUGUGUUUGUUCCACCAGAGUCACUGCAGGAAGUGGAUGAGUUCCACCUUAUUUUAGAGUACGUGGCAGGGGAGGAGUGGGGCCCGUUUAAAGCUCCCCAUGCCAACCGGUUCAUCUUCUCUCACGACCUCUCCAACGGGGCCAUGAAUAUGCUGGAGGUGUUUGUGUCUAGCCUGGAGGAGUUCCAGCCUGACCUGGUGGUCCUCUCUGGAUUGCACAUGAUGGAGGGACAAAGCAAGGACUUCCAGAGGAAGAGGCUCUUGGAGGUUGUCACCUCCAUUUCUGACAUUCCCACGGGUAUUCCAGUCCACCUAGAGCUGGCCAGUAUGACCAACAGGGAGCUCAUGAGCAGCAUUGUGCAGCAGCAGGUCUUUCCCGCAGUGACUUCUCUUGGGCUGAAUGAACAGGAGCUGCUGUUUCUCAGCCAGUCGGCAUCUGGACCCCAUGCUUCUCUCUCCUCCUGGGAUGGUGUUCCUGACGUAGGCAUGGUCAGUGACAUCCUCUUCUGGAUCUUGAAAGAACAUGGGAGAAGUAAAAGCAGAUCCUCAGAUCUCACCAGGAUCCAUUUUCACACGCUGGUCUACCACAUCCUGGCAACUGUGGACGGACACUGGGCCAACCAGCUUGCAGCUGUAGCUGCGGGAGCUCGAGUGGCUGGGACACAAGCCUGUGCCACUGAAACCAUAGAUGCCAGCCGAGUAUCUCUAAGGGCACCUCAGGAGUUUAUGACAUCUCAUUCGGAGUCCGGCUCCAAGAUUGUAUUAAACCCAAAUAAGCCAGUGGUGGAGUGGCACAGGGAGGGAAUAACCUUCCACUUCACACCUGUAUUGGUAUGUAAAGACCCCGUUCGAACUGUGGGCCUUGGUGAUGCCAUUUCAGCUGAAGGCCUCUUCUACUCAGAAGUACACCCUGAUUAGGAGGGCUGUAGAUGGUUGUGUGAGGAAUGAAAACCACCAUCUUAAGAAUUCCAGGAAGAACAUAGCUUGGGAAAUAGGCCUGUGGAUGUCAGACAGUUCCUAGAUCUAAUUGGAAGACAGCCAAAGAAAUCAUAGCAGAUUAAACUGUACAGAUACAUUCCAGCCUGUUGGCAAUUACAUAAAAACACUUCAGGUUUAAUUGAAACUUCACUAUCUACUAAUGACUGGAUUUUUGUUCUUAUGUUGUUACAAAGGUUCAAACCUCCAUUCCUGAAUCCCCAGUAGAUGUUCCAUAAGGUAUGGUGUGACACACUUGACUCUGGGGAGCUCGUCCAGCCACAGAAAGCACUUCUUUCCUGGCCCACUAGAGAAGGGGUCUCUCUCCCCACAAGCCUGACCACUCAGAAAAUCUGGAGGAGGCAGUCAUAAGGAGACUUAUGCUUCUGGCAGAAUCAAGUUUUUCACUCACGGUUAACAGUGACAGUUGUUUGAUAUGUGUAUCUUCCCAGCCUCCUGCUCUCAAGACACUGGUCAGAGGCACCAGAAAGGACAGAACAAAUUCUGUGCUUUAUGGUCUCAGGCUGGACAUGCUUGGGGGUCCUUGGGCCACCUGAUCACUCUGCUUGGAAGAACCAUGCCUUCCUGCCCCCAGCUCAGUCUGUACAUGGGGCUGACUGGGAAAAGGCCCCGUGGCCUGGGCUCAGCCUCGCUGCUCAGCCCUGGAAGUGCUUUCUGUAGCAGAAGACUGGUACUCGUUCUUUCUGAGCCUUGAAGAGAUGUGCUUUACAACUGGAAUGUGCUUCUGUUUAGAGCGCAUCAUGAGUUUUGUGUUUUGCUUUGACGCGUCCACUAAAGAGUCCAUUAAAGAGAGCGCCUCAUAAGAGCCCCAGGAUCAUGAAUGUGUCAUGUUGUAUAUUUAUUUUUUUAAUAAAUCAAGAUUUCUGUGUGCUUUUAAAAAUAUUAAAACAAUUUACCUUUCCGGGA